CACUUAUGUUGGAAGCGCUGCAAAAUCGAAGUGCUUGUUAGCGGACAAGCAGAAGAAUCCUUUUUGGAAGCACCCUAACGGCUCUCUGAAAACUUCUGAGGAACUCUUCGGUAUCAGCGCAAAUAUGCAAUACAAGGGAAAAGCUACCAUAAUGGGCGCUGAAGCUGAGACAUGGACAGAACUAGUCAAAGGUGCCGGAAAGUCCUCAAUAAUAAAAAGGGACAUGUCUUUUUCGUCGUAUGACACAAGAAAAGACAAAUACAGUAAUAAGAAUGUCUUUUCUUUGCUUCAAGAAGCAGUCUACGAGGAAGAACACACACAGCAAAAGCACUCUGGGGAGUUUCCAAACCAGAAUGUCAUCAUCAGAAACUACCUUUACUUCAACUCCUUUGCGCCAGAUCAAGAUGUAUUCAGCCAACACGCUUGUCUGCCAGAAAAACCUUCAGGCUCGUACUACAUAAACUUCAAACCUUUGAAGGCCUGUACCUUGGACGCUGGCAACAGGACAAGGUUUUUAGCAGCUUUUCGCAAAGUACUUACCACUUCCACAAGGUUGAGCACCAUUCUCACUGUGCAAAACUUUCACUUCAGGUGGUACAACAGGAACGGAACGUCAGUAGGAUUUACUUUCCAUGAAGGCAUUCUGGGCGAGAAGUCAAACGAGUCAAAGUUUAGCACAAUAGCCAAGAAAAAAGCAGAAGGAGACCAACAGUCUUUGACAGUAAGGUUUCGGCUCACGGCGACGUCUGAAGCGGAUGAGUGUACCUGGCAAUCAUAUCUAUUUCACAAGCAACAGCUUACUGCGUUCCAGCCAAGUACAACGCCAUCCCCAAAUAAGGUGUUCUAAUCGAAGCGCUAGAUUUUAGUGCACGUUGCAUGCGGUCUCAUGCCAUCGUUUAAAGAGUAACUGCGAUAACAGCAUGAAUUUGCUCAACAGCCCAUCCACUGCGCAUGUUCUUUUUUGAAGCCAUCGGAAACAGCUGAUGCAACAACUGUGCCGAUAAGCAACUCAUCGUGCCUACAUAAACUCUGUGUUUAGUGCAAUAACGUAAUCUUGCGAG